AUGGUUUGUGAAACGUUGACUGUUUUUCCGAAAGCAACAGUUUUUCUUCUGAGAUUAAGCCUUGCUGGGACAAUGUUCGACUUAGUACUUUUGGUCAGACAGGAUUUUUUCGGUGGAUGGGUUGAAGCUUUUGAUGGCGAAUUGGGAAGCGAUUUCUGUUCAGCUAUAUUAUCAGAUUUAUCGGAAGCUGAGGCUGAUGGAGGGAUGCUAGCAGAUGUUACACGAGUAACAGAUAAAUCGUAG